CCUCUUACCGUCGCCGCGGCGGAGCGGAGCCGAGCAGAUCAGAUCGAGGAGCGCGGUUACCGGGCGUGCUGGGUCUAUGGUCGCUCCGCGGGCCACUCCGCCGGCUGGUGCUUUUUUAUCAGGGCAGGCUGUGUUCCAUGGCAGGGAACUUUUGGCAGAGCUCCCAUUAUUUGCAAUGGAUUUUGGAUAAACAAGAUCUGUUAAAGGAACGCCAAAAGGACUUAAAGUUUCUCUCAGAAGAAGAAUAUUGGAAAUUACAAAUAUUUUUUACAAAUGUUAUCCAAGCAUUAGGUGAACAUCUUAAAUUAAGACAACAAGUUAUUGCCACUGCUACAGUCUAUUUCAAGAGAUUCUAUGCCAGAUAUUCUCUGAAAAGUAUAGAUCCUGUAUUAAUGGCUCCUACAUGUGUGUUUUUGGCAUCCAAAGUGGAGGAAUUUGGAGUAGUCUCAAAUACAAGAUUGAUUUCUGCUGCUACUUCUGUAUUAAAAACUAGAUUUUCAUAUGCCUUUCCAAAGGAAUUUCCUUAUAGGAUGAACCAUAUAUUAGAAUGUGAAUUCUAUCUUUUAGAACUAAUGGAUUGUUGCUUGAUAGUGUAUCAUCCUUAUAGACCUUUGCUCCAGUAUGUGCAGGACAUGGGCCAAGAAGACAUGUUGCUUCCCCUUGCAUGGAGGAUAGUGAAUGAUACCUACAGAACGGAUCUUUGCCUACUGUAUCCUCCUUUCAUGAUAGCUUUAGCUUGCCUACAUGUAGCCUGUGUUGUACAGCAGAAAGAUGCCAGACAGUGGUUUGCUGAGCUUUCUGUGGAUAUGGAGAAGAUUUUGGAAAUAAUCAGGGUUAUUUUAAAACUAUAUGAGCAGUGGAAGAAUUUUGAUGAGAGAAAAGAGAUGGCAACUAUUCUUAGUAAGAUGCCGAAACCAAAACCUCCUCCAAACAGCCUUGCUCCUGGAGAAACUUGUAGCAUUGAAAAGAGGUGGUGACAACAUUACAUUUUUGCAUUAAUAAAUUGCUGUCCUUUUAGACACUGAAAAAUAAUUUUUACUGGAUGGUGGGAGAAACAUUCAAUUUCCAUUUAUUUUUAAUAAUACGAGUUUCUCACAGGUUAGCUGCUGAUCCUACCUCUGUCCAGUAUUUUUUAUGGAAUAUACUUACUGGCUAGCAAAAGGGUACAUUAUCACAGAGUCCAAGGGAUCUCACUGAGAUCAUAAGGCAGGUAAGAAGGACCAUGUAAAUAAGGAAACCUGGGACACUCGGAUUAAUCCAGAAUUCAGGCUCUCCUCUGUUGCCACUUUUUCUAGGACAUCUUCUAUUCCAUUAUGAAAAUAAUCUAUAGUACAUACAGUAUUUAGAAAUGUAAUCUGGCUAUUCUACAUUUCUAAAACUUGAUCUACCCUUGAAUUAUCAGAGUAAAAGUGAUACUCUCCCAUGAUUGAAAUAAAGCAGCCACUUGUUAAGUGAUGUAGUAAAUCGUAUGCUAUAUUUUUACAUUUUGAGGCAUCUGUUACAGACCUUAGUAAUGGUUUUACUCUUAAGAGUUUUAUUGUAAAAGUCAAUGCAAUUUAAGAUAGAUAAUUUGUUAAAUUUUAGAAUAACAAAAUCAUCUUUAUAAGUUUGAUCUAAUAUAGAAAAUAUUCUAAUUAAUUUACUAACCCUUUGCUGCUUCAAAAAGAUGUAAAUGAAGUUAUAUUUGGGUAAAUAGGAUACAUUAUUUAUCAUAAGGUUGUUUCUUUAAAAAAGUAUCAGGAAUCCAAAGGUAUUAUAAUUGUAGAAUCUGGUUUAAGUGUCUGCCAGUGGGGAUAUUAAGUUCUUAUCCCAUAUAUGCAAAAGGUAAAAAUAAUAAGUAUUUGUUUAUCCACCAAACAUGCUAAAUAAAAUGUUAAUAUUAUUGUAAAGCCUCCAGUAUUCUCGCCCCACAAAGGAAACCAUUCUGAAUUUGGUAUUUAUUAUUCUCAUAAUUUAUUUAUAGUGUAAUGUACAUAAAUAUGUACUCUUAUACUAUAUAUGUACAUAUAUAAAUAAACUGAAUUAUUUUGCAUGUCGUACCAUAUAUGUUUCUGUAAUUUUUUUUCUCUAGACAUUGUGAGUUAUCCAUGUUAAUAUGUGCACCUCAGUUUUUUUGUUUUUAUUAAUCCUUCUCAUCAGCUGUGUCUAAUCUGCUCUUAAACCCAUCUACCGUCUACUAGGUUAAUUUCAGUUAUUGUUUUUGUUUGUUUGUUUUUUGGUUUUGGUGAGGAAGAUUGGCCCUGAGCUAAAUCUGUGCCAGUCUUUGUGGGACGCUGCCACAGCAUGGCCUGAUGAGCAGUGUAUAGG